CUUGGUGAUUUGGGGUCAGGCUCUCCCCAGUGAGUGAGGAGCUCCACGCUGUUCCUCUCCAUCUCACACUCACAGGCAGUCACUCACAAUCGUAUACGGGCACACACACUAACCCACUCUCAAGCAGUCAUAGUCUCAAAUACAGCCAGCCAGUAGUCACACAAGAGACUGCUUCUCUGGAUUCCUUUCUCCCUCCUCACCCUUUUGAGGUCUGACAUUCACUGACUCUUCAGUGGGAAGCCAGAGGAGGACAUGUGGCCCUGAGGAGGACCUGGCUAUUGAAGUACCUGGUGGACAGGUGGGUGAGGGCAGAGAGGAGGGGUAUUGCUGGGCAUGUUUAAGCGCACUGGGCUCUCCUGCGCACCCCCAGCUGCUCCCCCAAUCCAGACAAGAGGAGGUUUCCGGAGCUUCCCACACUUCUGGGGAGAAGACUUCUUAGCCAGCUUGAUGUUUAAAAUUCAGCUGGAGCCGUUAAAACUGCGUGCAUGGACGCUGAAUGGGUUUGUAAAGUUUCGGAACAAGGAGGCCAGUACUGGUCCAGUUGCUGUAAUGGGAAAGGAUUAUUAUAAGAUUCUGGGCAUCCAGUCUGGAGCCAAUGAAGAUGAGAUCAAGAAAGCAUAUCGGAAGAUGGCCCUGAAGUAUCAUCCAGACAAGAACAAAGAGCCCAGUGCUGAGGAGAAGUUUAAGGAGAUUGCAGAGGCUUAUGAUGUGCUGAGCGACCCCAAGAAACGAGCCGUUUAUGACCAGUAUGGGGAAGAAGGCCUGAAGACCGGUGGUGGCAGCUCUGGAGGCUCUGGGGGCUCCUUCCACUACACCUUCCAUGGCGACCCCCACGCUACUUUCGCCUCCUUCUUCGGUGGCUCCAACCCCUUCGACAUCUUCUUCGCCAGCAGUCGUACCACUCGGCCCUUCAACGGCUUCGACCCUGACGACAUGGAUGUGGACGAAGAUGACGACCCGUUUGGUGCCUUCGGCCGCUUUGGUUUCAAUGGGUUGAGUGGAGGACCCAGGCGACCUCAGGAGUCCCUGCACCCCCGGCGAAAGGUGCAGGAUCCUCCUGUAGUGCACGAGCUUCGCGUGUCCCUAGAAGAGGUCUACCACGGCUCCACUAAGCGCAUGAAGAUCACCCGGAGGCGCCUCAAUCCCGACGGACGGACCGUUCGUACGGAGGACAAGAUCCUGCACAUCGUUAUCAAGCGGGGCUGGAAAGAGGGCACCAAGAUCACCUUCCCCAAGGAGGGCGACGCCACGCCCGACAACAUCCCCGCCGACAUAGUCUUUGUACUUAAGGAUAAGCCUCAUGCCCACUUCCGACGAGACGGGACCAACGUGGUCUACAGUGCCCUAAUCAGCCUCAAAGAGGCGCUGUGUGGCUGCACUGUGAACAUUCCCACCAUCGAUGGCCGAGUUAUCCCCCUACCCUGCAAUGAUGUCAUCAAGCCGGGCACUGUGAAGAGACUACGUGGGGAGGGGUUGCCCUUCCCUAAAGUGCCCACCCAGCGGGGCGACCUCAUAGUGGAGUUCAAAGUGCGCUUCCCGGACAGGAUAGCUCCGCAGACGCGACAAAUCUUAAAACAGCACCUGCCUUGCUCCUAGGCCCAGCCUCAGGGCCGGCUCCCGGCCUCCACAGCAAUACCGCCCUCCGGCCCCGGGCUCCAGCAGCCAGAAAGGCAAUCCGGCCGGCCCUACCGCCCAUCGGGCAACCGUUUUCUAAAAUGCAAAAAAGCCACUUUUGUUUUCAGAAAGUUGUUAUCGCCCCUACCUGGCAG